AUGAAAAUGUAAUAAAAUGAAAAAAAGAAUUUAUUAUUUGAUAAACAUGAUGAAUAUAUGAUUAAGAAAUUUGAAGAAAAUUCAACAAAUUAAAAAUAUUAUUUGCAUGUUAAAAAUAAACAAUAUAUAUUAUUUGUACAUUAUACAAAUUCAUAUCCAAAAAAUUAAAUUCCACCAUAAAUUAAAUGUAUAAUUAAUUGAAUAAUAAAAGGACACCAGAAGGUUUCAUUUAUACACCAAAUUUAGAUGUGGAUAAUUAUUUUUUUAAGAAAGAAAGAUCACAAGUUUUGAUUUAAAAAAAAAGAGACAUAUGAAAUUCCAAUAGAAUUUAAUUGUUAUUAUUCUUGGAAAUAUUAAAUGAUUGAUUCUUUGAAACAAGUAGGAAAAUUUUAUGAAAAUUUGGGAAUGGAUAUAUAUGAUGAAAUAGCAGAAGAUAAUACAAAAGAGAUGCUUUUUGAAACUAAUUUUUAUUUAGUAGCUGUAACAAUGAUAGUUAGUGAAUUGCAUAUAGUAUUUUCAACUUUAGCAAUCAAGAACGAUUUUUAAUAUUGCAAAAAUUUGAAUUCUUAAGAAGGAAUUUCAAUCAGAGCCUUAUAUACAAAUUUUGUAUUUGAUGUUAUAAUCACUUUGUGUUUAUUGGGUGAUGAUACUUUUUAUCUUAUAAUAAUUUAAUAAUUUGUUGAAUUAGGAUUGAUAUGGAAAAUUAUAAAACAAUGAAAUUUAAAUUAAUAAAAGUAUUUCCAUAAGUAUAACUUUUACAUUAAUAAUAUUAUGAAUCCAAAACUUAAUAAUAUGAUUAGAAAGCAGCUAUUUUUUUGUAUAAAUUGUCAAUACCUUUAUUUGAAGGAUAUAUUAUUUAUGCUAUGAUUUAUUAAGAGCACAAAGGAGUUUACUCUUUCAUAAUAGAGAGUUUAGUAAAAUUCAUCUAUUUAUUUGGUUUUAUUAAUAUGACUCCUUAGUUAUUUAUAAAUUAUAAACUUAAAUCUGUAGCUCAUUUGCCAUGGAGAACAAUGAUAUAUAAGUUUUUGAACUCUAUAAUUGAUUAUUUAUUUGCAUUUAUAAUAACUAUGCCAUGGUUAAAGAGAUUAAGUUGUUUUAGGGAUGAUAUAAUAUUUCUAAUAUAUUUAUAUUAAAGAAGUAUCUAUAAAGUAGAUCCUAAUAAAUUAGUAAUUAUUUAAAUAAUAUAUUUAGGAUGCUGGAUAUGCAUAGGAUAUAAAUACUAAUUAAGAACUAACUGAUAUUAAAGAAAAAAAAAGAUUGAUAUUAUUUUCUUGUUCAUUUAUUUAUUUUUUAAAUAAGAUAUAAUAAAUCUUAAAUUAAUUUUAAAAACCAAUUAUUGUAUAUUUAAUACAAGUAAUGGAAAUAUUAUAAAAAUAAAAAAGAAUAUUAAUUUUAUUUUUAACAAUCAAAUGUCUGGCUACCCAUAAAUAGGGUUAUUUGAUAGCCAUACAAUUAAUUUGGAUAGCCAUUCAAUAAUUUGGAUUCUCUUUUUAAUGAUGUUCAUCUUAUUUAAUAAAUACUUUAAGGAUGGACUUCUAUUUUCAGUUAACUUAUGGAGAUUAGCAUUGAAACACAUUAACAAAAUUAAUCCAAUGUAAUGUUCUAUAAUUUAAAAAUAAAAUGCAUUACUUUUAUAAUUGCUGAUUUAAUUACAAAAAGGAUCCAGAUUUUCUUAAUCAAAAGACUAGAUUAAUUUUUCACCAAUCAGACCUACAAAUACUGAAUCAUACGAAAUUAUAAAACUUUUAAUUUUUUCAAGUAUCUUUAAUAAUCCUAAAAAGGUAUAUCAAACUGAGAAGUAAUAAAAUUUCAAUUAUGCAGUAAAACACAUGUGA